GGUUAGCAAACCGGAUGUGAUGAGGUGUUAACAGCGUGUAUGCACCAUCUCCGCUACUGAUGUUAAAUAGCUCGAGAAUCUGAAUGGUUUAUAAUGUCUGAUUGGGAAGACAACAAUGAUGCGGAUGAUGUCGUGAACGCAAAACCAGCAAAACCACCGGCAUUCAAGAACUCUGAAUGGCGACCUCGGCCCUCUGAAGGUAAAGAAAAUGUAUGUUUCGGAGUAAAGCGUGGCCAACAAUCAGGAAGGAGCGACCAAGAUGGUACCCAGUGGAGAAGCUGGAGGGACCAAGCUGACACGUGUAGUCGCGACUCAAGAAAUGGUGAACGUGAUACAAGCAGUAGGGGACGUAGUCAGCAUGGAGGGAAUACUUCAGGUUCAUCCAACGUUAUGUCCUUCACUGUGGAUAAUUCUGUGGUUGGACGAGUAAUUGGUCGAGGUGGAAGUAAAAUACGCGAAAUUGAAGAGUCAAGUGGAGCAAGAAUUAAGAUCAACCGUGGCGAUUCUGAGGGCGAAGUUGUGAUCUUUGGUGAUAUCGACGUUCAACAGAAAGCCAAAGAGAUAAUUGAUGACUUGAUUUCAGACAAUGGCCCAAGGUUUCGAGAUGGGCCCAGAGCACCUGCCCCUGCCGGCAGAAAUGGCUCCUGCUGGUCCUCUUCUGAGCUACAGCAGUCCGCCACAAAGUACUCAGAGCAGACUGAACGUAUCGACUGGUUAUCCAUCAGAGAGAACAAGGAAAAGUAUGCGAUCAUGAAAUGGCAAGACCUUCCUCCAAUGAAAAAGGAUUUUUACAUAGAGGAUCCAGCAGUUGCAGCUCGAACUGCAGAGGAGGUUGAUGCUUGGCGGAAAGAAAACAACAAUAUUUUCGUGGAUGAUCUGAAGGAGGAGGAGAAAAGGCCCAUCCCACAUCCAAUCUGCACUUUUUUGGAGGCCUUCCUGCAUUUUCCUGGGAUCAUGGAAAAUAUAGUCCGGGUGGGAUUCGCCAAACCAACGCCCAUACAGUCCCAGGCAUGGCCCAUAGUCUUGAAAGGUUUGGACUUGAUCGGAAUAGCCCAGACAGGCACGGGGAAGACCCUGGCCUACCUCCUGCCAGGAUUCAUCCACAUGGAUCAGCAGCCGCUGGCAAGGGACAAACGCGAUGGGCCUGGCAUGUUGGUGCUGACACCGACUCGAGAGCUGGCCCUGCAGAUUGAGACUGAAUGUAACAAGUACAGCUACAAAGGCUUCAAGAGUAUCUGUAUCUAUGGCGGUGGAGAUCGCAGGGCCCAGAUCAAGAUGGUGACCAGUGGUGUGGACAUAGUCAUCGCCACCCCUGGCCGGCUCAAUGACCUGCAGAUGAACAACCUGAUCAACCUGCGCACCAUCACCUAUCUUGUUUUGGAUGAGGCCGAUCGGAUGUUGGACAUGGGUUUUGAGCCUCAGAUCAUGAAGAUAAUUCUGGACAUUCGGCCUGACCGGCAGACGGUCAUGACCAGUGCCACCUGGCCGCCAGGUGUGCGGCGUCUGGCCAAGUCCUACCUGAAGGACCCCAUGAUGGUGUACGUGGGCACGCUGGAUCUGGCAGCUGUGAACACAGUCCAGCAGAUAGUCCUCUUUGUUCAGGAAGAGGAGAAGAAGGCAUACGUGUUUGACUUCAUCGGCAACAUGCAGCCUGAGGACAAGGCUCUGAUCUUUGUGGGAAGAAAGGCAAACGUGGAUGACCUCUCCAGUGACCUGUCUCUAAGAGGCACCGCUGUGCAGUCCCUCCAUGGGGACCGAGAGCAGUGUGACCGCGAGGAGGCCCUGCAGGACUUCCGAGAUGGUAAUGUGCGUAUACUGGUGGCCACAGACCUGGCGUCCAGGGGAUUGGAUGUCAGUGACAUCACACACGUCUUCAACUUUGACUUUCCACGGAACAUUGAAGAGUAUGUUCAUCGCGUGGGACGCACAGGUCGAGCAGGCCGCUCAGGUGUGUCUGUAACGCUGGUAACGAGAGAUGACUGGAGCAAGGCAGCAGAGCUGAUCAGCAUUCUGGAAAGAGCGGGUCAGGAGGUUCCAGAGGAGUUGGUCUUGAUGGCAGAACGGUUCGAGAAAAAGCAGAGAGAGAGGGCCAUGAAUCCUACACGAGGAGGGACAAGAGGAGGACCAGGAGGAGGAGGGCGUGGGGGAGGGAGAAGAGACAGAGAUUUAACCUGGAUCUAAUCUACAGGUGUCAGUCUAAUCACAUCGUGUGUUUGAGGAGGUUUUGCCUAUAUCCAUUCAUGAUGCAAACCACGGUGUAUUAAGACUGUCCGGUUAUUGGGUUAAUUGGUAGCAGCUAUCGUUCUAGGUUGCUGAACUGUGGACAUUUUUAGAGUGGUUACCCUUGAACCUCUCAUAUGCUAGUGUCCUGGCAAAGUCAAAUGGCUACGUUUUUCUAGACAUCAAGAGUUCCAGGUGUUUGUUUGCUUGUAAUAGCAGAGUAUUAUUUAAGUUAUAUUUUUUUACAAAUCUGUUUAAAUCGUUUUCUGUUGCCUUGUUCAAAUAAAAUGAACCACAGAAAAAAAGU